AUGGCGAAAUUUAUGGGUUUUGGUCUAAAUACUGUUGCUGAACUACUCCCUUGUUUCCCAAAAAAACAAUCCGAUGCUCCCGUCACUUUGCUCUGGAAAUCUCCUGAUGGAGAUGCAUCUCCUUUGGAUUCUGUCAUCCAGCAUACUCCAAACCAGCUUUCUCAAACAGGUCAUGCCACAUAUGUGGAGCCAUUGCAUCUCUGGGACAAUGCCUCAGGAAGCCACGCUGACUUCACGACCAAUUUCUCUUUCUCCAUUGACGCACAGAACAAUGCUUCACAUGCUGAUGGGCUCGCAUUCUUCAUUGUUCCUCCGCAAUACAGAAUGCCUGAUGAAAGGCAAGGGAGCGUUAUUGGCCUUGCCAGUGGCAAACUGAUCUUAAACUCAACAGCAAAUCCAUUUGUUGCUGUCGAGUUUGAUACAUACUACAAUCCAUGGGAUGACAUGGAUCAUGUUGGUAUUGACAUCAGCUCUUUGAAAUCUUUAAAAAGUGUGAAACGGUACAGUAGCGUUAUGGAUGGGAGGGUAAUAAAUGCUAGAAUUAAUUAUAAUUCUAGUUCCAAGAAUCUCUAUGUUUAUUUUACAGGAGUUUCAGGUAUUGGUCUUGCCAGUGGCAACAUGACCAUAAUCUCAACAGCAAAUCCAUUUGUUACUGUCACUCAGCCGAUCCUGGAGAGGAAAAAAUGGAUCACAAGCUUGCGCCGGCCCCGUAGAAGAUGA